GAUCGACGCUGCCAUGCUGUCUGCAGCCCUCUUCGCCCUCUUCCACCUCUCCCUCUCGCUCCUCUUCCCCAACAUGGCCCUUGGGAUUGCCGCCGGCCUGCUCGCGGGAGACACUCGAGCAGCACAUCUCCAAUCCCUGUCUUCUAGAAUCCAUGUGCUCCUUCGUCCUGCCACAUUCGACGGCACGAGCAAGAGGCAGAGAGUUGAGGGUAAGAGUCGUGGGAGGAGAGCAGGUAAAGCAAAGGCAAGAAAUGAAAGAAGCGGGAGUAAGAGCGGGGAGGGGGAAGCAUCCGAGGAGGAGCAGGAGGCAGUGGCAGUGAUUGCUCAAGUGCUGAUGAAGAAAUACGGACCUCAGAUUGUGAAAGAGGAGGAGGAGGAAGGGCUUGGAAACGGAUGGAAUGAGGCGGUUGAGGAGGUGGAGGGAGAGGAAGAAGCGGCGGCUGAGGAGGAGAACGAUGGAAUGGACAUUGAAGUGAAGGAGGGGGGAGCUGAAACAGCGAGUGACGAAGGUAUACGCAGCACCACAUCUCGCUCCAGACGAGCUACCACUCGCUCCUCCCUCCUCUCCCUCUACCGCUUCUUCUCCUCCCACCUCGGCAUCUGCUCCCCUUCCACUGUCGCUUCCCUCCUCGCCUCUCCAGAAACUCUUUUAGCUAAGCUCCAGUUCUUUUUGGAUCUGGUGGGGGAGGAGGCAACGGGAAGAUCGGCGAGGAGUCAUCCGGCAGUUCUGCACCUAUCAAAGGAGAACCUGCAAUGCAAGGUGGCGGUAUUGACUGAUUUGAUUGGCCGGGAGAAUGUUGUGCGGGUGGUGGCACAAUAUCCUCUGGUACUGUCAUCUAGUGAAGAUAACAUGAGAAACAGUUUCAGAGAGCUUGUGCAAGAAGUGGAAGAGGCACUGGAGAGUAGUGGAAAAGAGGUAAGUGGGCCGCUAAGCCGUGGAGGAGGAGCAGCAGGAGGAGGAGGGGAUAGUGUAAGUGCUGCAGCCUCGCUGCUGGGUCCGUUGUUGCUGCAAGAUGGGACCAGAGGGGAUAUAGCUGCCUCUGCUACAGCCGCCGCAGCCUUCCCCCUGCUGGACGUGCUACAGCUGUUCCUGUGGGUGGCGGUGUCCCCGGCUGUAGAAGAGGAGCUGCUGUUCAGAGGGCUGCUGAUCACGGCCCUGCAAGAGAGGCUCGGCAGGAUCGACGCUGCCAUGCUGUCUGCAGCCCUCUCCGCCCUCUUCCACCUCUCCCUCUCGCUGCUCUUCCCCAGCAUGGCCCUUGUGAUUGCCGCCGGCCUGCUCGCUGUCUACACCAAUAGCUGUGAAGACACGUUUGAUGAGCCCAAAAUAAUUAUGAUGGGUGCUCAGUUCACACCAUGUGUAUCCAUCCAGGAAAAGCCAGCAGACGCAAAAGCUUCCGAGGUGGAGACUGCUAUCUCUGGGCCGAAAUUACUUCCUAGGAGCAAGCGUCUUGUAGCGGUGCAAGCGGAGCUUAAAACGCGUACAGUGAAGGACGAGGAGAGGGGGGAUGGGGGAGGAGGUCAGGGGAGCAUCAGGAGAGUAGGGGAAGAGGAGGGGGGAGAAACGGGAGGCGGUGAAAGGAGAGCAAGGAAUGCAGACAGGAAGAGCAAUGGAGGCGGGGGGAUGAGUAAUGGGAAGGGAGGCUGGGAGGAGGAGGAGGCAGUGGCAGUGAUAGCUGUAGUGCUGAGAGAUAAGUUUGGGCCUCAGAUUGUGAGCGAGGAGGUAGAGGAGUGGGGGGGUGGGAUAGGAAGCAGCGAGGUUGAAGAGGAGGUGCAGAUAGUGAAAGAGGAGGAGGAGGAAGAGAAGGAGGAAGAGGAGGAGGAGGUUGAGGAGGAGAAGAGGAUAGAAGGAGUUUGGGAGGAAGCUGAAGCAGAAUCGAGUGAGGAAGUCGCACCACCCACGCAUCUCCCACCAACCACAUCUCCUCCCACAACCCCUCCUCCACUCAACAGCCCGCGGGUCGUAUCUCCCUCCUCCCUCCUCUCCCUCUACCGCUUCUUCUCCUCCCACCUCGGUAUCUCCUCCCCUUCCACUGUCGCUUCCCUCAUCACCUCUUGCCCUUCGCUCCUCCGCUCCAAUCCCACCAAUGACUUCCUGCCACGUGUCCGUCUCCUACAGUCAUACGGCAUAUCUCGUGCCGACAUUGCCUUCAUCACUGAGAAAGGACCAAACUGGCUCCGAGUCCCCCUUGCACGGAUUCAAAACACCCUUGAGUUUCUUUUGGCUCAAGGCGUCCACUGCAGCAAAUUGAGCUUGGUGCUUCGACGUGGACGCAAUCUACUCUGCAAAGAGGCACGUUCAACGAACCUGGACAUUUUGGUGGAGAAAGCAGGGGUUCCUGUGGACAAGCUGGGUGUGAUUAUAGAGAAAUGUCCGGACAUCUUGAGUCAGAGCAAAGAUGCGGUGAAUAUUCAGCUUGAGAUGCUAUCAGCCUACCUGAAGGCGGGGUGCGGAGGGAAGGUAGAGGCAGGUAGUAGCACCAGCACAAGCCUCCUGAAGCAACGAGUAGAUGAGCAGCAUCUGGACAUGAGCUGUCUAAGCAGGCUUGUGCUGAGGUUUCCAUCCAUCCUCACUCGUCAUCCCCAUCACAUUGCAGAGAGUAUUGCCAUUCUCCAGUCCUUCACUCCCCCAGGCUCACCGCGGCAUGUGGCACUGGUGCGAAUGGCACACGAGAUGUUUAGUCGGACGAGUGUUGGAGCUGAAAAACAAAGGAGCAAGCUGGGUUCUGCGUCUAAGAGUGUGGCGGCAGUAGAGGGUGAAUUGGGAGCAGAAGAAAGGAGGAGUGGAAUGUUACUUGGGCGUGAGUGUUACAGCCUUGUUGCUAUUUUGUUGCUGCCUGAUGGGACCGGAGGGGGUGUGGUUGCUACGGCUGCCUCUGCUACAGCCACUGUGGCCCUCCCCCUGCUGGACCUGCUACAGCUGUUCCUGUGGGUGGCGGUGUUGCUGGCUGUAGCAGAGGAGCUGCUGUUCAGAGGGUUGUUGAUCACGGCCCUGCAAGAGAGGCUCGGCAGGAUCGACGCUGCCAUGCUGUCUGCAGCCUUUUUCGCCCUUUUCCACCUCUCCCUUUCGCUGCUCUUCCCCAACAUGGCCCUUGGGAUUGCCGCCGGCCUGCUCGCUGUCUACUCCAAUAACGGAGAGGAUCAGGAGGGGGAGGAGGAGGGAGGACGGGGGGAUAGGAUGGGGGAAGAGGAGGAGGAAGGAGAGGAGCGAGGAGGGAGGGAAACAGGCGACGGUCUGGAGGAGGAGAGAGUGAUGGUGGAUGAAGCGGAAUUGGACUUUUAUCUGGCCCAGCUCUCGCUCAAGGUGCAUGAAUCUGCAUUCUUACAGAGAGUGGAUCGUCCUGUAACGCGUACAGGCGAGCAGGAGGGUUUACCUGGAGAUGUGCAGGAGCGAGAAGGGGAGGAUUUGAGAAGAGGGGAGGAGAUGCGUGCAGCAGUCGCACUGCUUCAUGGCCGAUCCGUCUGGGGCCUUCCCAGUAGACCGCUGGUUGUGGGGAGUAGGCUUAGUGCCAGUGAGAUAGGGGAAGAGGCGAAAGAGGCAGUGUUGGUAGGGUCGGCGGUGGAAACUGAGUCAGUAAGUUCUGCAGUGGUUAAAAAGAGAGGGGACGCAGCAGCAGAGCGGGAACCUGGCUACGUUGGGACCGCCAUUUCUGAUGCGACACCUGCCGGCGUUUCCUUGGUUGUUGGAGAAUACCCUGAGAUUCUGGGUGAGCUUUCCAGGAAUGUUCUGCGCCAGAGACGGAGGAGGAGGAGGCUGACGUCAGGACUCGAGAGACUUGAAAGUGAGGGUAAUUUACCCUCACAAACCUGGCCGGCAGCUGUGCCGGCUGUGAGAUGGGUGCAGGAGGCUCAUUUGGGGGCGGUGGCAUCUAUGCUAGAGGCGGGGGACGUGAAGGGAGCAGCUGGUCGCCUGCGGUACCUGAACGUGGAGUACGGGGUUUUGGAGGAGGAGAAGUACAGGUCCGCCCUGCACCAGUUGGUGCUCGCGCUGCGCCCCCAAAUGCACCAACCAGGUGCCCCAACAAGCGCCGUCCAGCACUCCUGUUUGGACGGCAGUGAGGAAGGAAGAGACAAGAAUUGCCGUCCAGGAGCUGCUAGCUUCUGGCUGUGUGGGGCUGCAUGGGACGACCACAUCCACAGCGAGUCCCAGCGAUCUGCCUGCCACUCCCCCAUUGCUCCUCCCUUGGAGGCUCUUCAUACACUGCUGUUGUCUCAACAUGGCAGCAACACCCAAGCAGAAACGAACUAUGUAGAGGGCGAGAGUGAGGGAAAGCUAGAAGGAGAAACGGUUCGAGCGAAUGAGGUGGCGGGUGAGGGCGGGCGAGGGGAUGGAGGAGAGCAGACGAUGGGGGGGCGGGGAGGUGGUGGCGAGGAUGGGAGGAGAGAGGGUGUGAGAGGAGAAGGUGUGUGGAGAGAGAGUGUGGAGGAGCGGUGUGUGUGGGAGCUUGUGGAGCAUGCGAGGGUGGAGAGGCGGGUGGUGGUGGGGAGUGUGCUGGAGGGAGCCCUUGCCGCUGUGCAUGCCGGGCAGUUUUCCAAGGCUAACCAUAUCCUCCGUCUGUGCCCCCCUCUCCGUCCUCUCACCACCCUCAUCGCCUGGGACCUCAUAGGCCCCUCGCACCCUGCCACCCGCCUGCGCCUCCUCUGGGCUCUCUGGCCCAUCCAGUCCUCCUGUGCCCUGCGGCCACAUGAAGGUGCUCACACAUCCCUGCUGUCUCACGAGUCUUGCCAAGAUCUGCCGCCCAACAAGCCUCUCGCUCACAACUCCUGGUUGUCGCAGCAGCAGCUGCUGGAGCAGGCUGGUGGCGUGUGCUGCUCUCACCUUAUCUACCACGCGCACCUGGCCUUCCUCAUUGCUGCACGCUAUGCUGCCUUGCAGCAGCAGCAGCAGCAGCAGAACGGUCACCAUCAUUUGCAGCAGCAGCAGCAGCAGCAGCAGCAGCAGCAGCAGCAGCAGCAGCAGCAGCAGCAGCAGCAGCCUGAGCCUUACACCCAGCACCAUCAGCAGCAUCAUAAGCAGCACCCCAAAAACCAGCGUCAUCAGCUCUAUGCCUCCGCCGAUGUGUUGAGUCCCAAGGCAGUGGCUAGCCUGGUGCGAGCAGCCGACCCGUUUGUUGCACGGCUGGCAGUGGAGUGCUGCAGGUGCAGCCGCCCCUACACGUGCUGCUCUCUCUGGGCGCCGGCUGCUUCCACGCAGAAGAAGUCAUUGAAUUGCUCAAGGCUCAGCCGGGAGCUGGAGGCAGCAUACUUGAUGGCACAUCUGGCAGGUGAGAGAUUGUCCUGCAUGGCAGUGGGACGUGGAGCUCCUUCACAUGCUGUUUUGGCGCCCUGGCAGCUGAAACUGCCGUGCGUGCCGUGGCAGGGAGUGGCAGGGGGGACUUUUGGACUGAGUCAGAUUGGGAGAAUCCCCUCUGUGUGCUGCUCCCUGCUCCCCCUCCACAGGGACUGGGACGUGGAGCUACUUCACAUGCUGUUUGCCGCCCAGGCUGCAGAAAUCGCCGUGCAUGCCAUGGCAGGGGGUGGCAGGGGAGGAGAGGGAAGGGGAGGGGUGCAGCAGCGUGAAGCAGCAGAGGCGUUGAGAGCGGUUGAGUCGUUUGAACACCAUGCUGCCCGUGUUACCACUGCUGCGCGCAAGGUGAGGAGGAAGGGCAGGAGGGUUGGGGAGGAGGGGCUUGAAUGCCAGGAUAUCUGGAUGGGCCACACUGUGCGGUCGCUGCUUCUUGCUGCCUCCAAUUCACCUUCCACCAUGAUUGACUAUGACAAUCCAGCAGACGACGAGGAUUGCCUGGCAGCUGUUACUAUGGCGCGGCUCCAGCUGCAGGCCAAGCACGAUGCUGCUCACGCUCGGGUAGAUUCAGAUACUGCUGCUGCCGGUCAGGCUCAUGAAGACGCUGCUGCUGCUGCUGCUGCUGCUGCUGCUGCUGUAGCAUCAGCUUCACCAGGUGUAGCACCAUCAGCCCCUCCGGCUGUAGCUGUGAUGGAGUCCUUGCUGGUGGCUAUAGCCAGGCAUCUGCCGCCCCAGGGCACAGAGACGCACGGCAUGUCCCGUCCUUUUCUGCUGGAUGCGUCUCCCUUGAGCGGCGUGGACAGGCGGGCGGCACGGGCACUGUUGAGGCGGAGGGAUGUGGGGGAGGUGGGAUCUGGUGGGAGUGAUGUUGGUGGUGGUGCUGCUGCUGCUCCUGCUGCUCCUGCUGCUGCCACUGCUGUUGCUGCUGAUAUUAACAGUACAUUCGAUGGUCUAGAUGCUGUUUUCGCUGCUGAGCUGGAUGCUGAGUUGGACGCACAGGCGUCUGACGUGGCAGCGGCGGCAGUGGAAGUGCUGGCUUCUGAUUGGAAGCAGAGGGCACAGGUAGUGCGUGAUUGGCUGGACGACUGGCAGUGGCGACUGGCUGUGCUGAAAGCUGAUUGGCUGGGCGUUCGUGCCAGACGGGGGGAAGGGGAGGAGGGGGAGUUGAAAGAGGAGGCGGUAUUGGAAGGGGUGGAAGGGGAGGAGGAGGUGGAGAGGGCAGAAGGCGAAGCGAGUGAUUAUGAGCAGGAGGGUGGAACGGAAGGACGUGGGAGGAAGGGAGGAGAGGUGAAUGGGCAGGCAGGGAAGGGGAAGGAGCGGAGACAGCGGAGUGAUUGGUCGGCAUGGGGAUGGCACGAGGUGGUGGCUUGGAUGCGAGUGGAGCCCUCUGCUCUCAUCUCCUGGUCAUUCCAGUGUUUUUUUAAGUUUCUGAUCGCGCCCAUUCUUGUUCCUUGGGGCGUCUCAAAACACAAGGGAGCGAUGGCACGAGAAUCCCCCUGUUCCCCCUGUUUCUCUUGUCAUAAUGCAGCUGCGCCUCACUCACCUGUCGCUUCGCCCUGGCGGUGCACUCAGAGGCACGAGUGCAGCUUUCCGCCUGGCUCGCCCGCCACGAUCAACCCAGAGUCGUCCGGUGGAAUAGUGGGACAGGCAACAGCAGCAGCAGCGGUGGUGGCGGUGGUAUUGAUCUCUCUCCUGUUCCCCCUGCUCUGUUCCCCUGCUGCCCUUGUUCCUCUCUUCAGCUGCCUGUCGGUCGGUGAUUUCUCGCUCUGCGCCUCACUCACUCGCCGCUUCCCCCUGGCGGUGCACUCAGAGGCACGAGUGCAGCUCUCUGCGUGGUUAGCUCGCCACCAUCAAUCCAGAGUCCUCCGGUGGGACAGUGGGACACACAGCAGCAGCAGCAGCAGUGGUGUUGCUGCUAGUGGCAAGGCAACAGGGAGCAGCAGUGGGGAGCAGGGUGGGGAAGCAAGCAAAGAAGGUGGAAGUAGCAGUCGGAGCAGUGGUGCGAGUGGGAGGGGAGGUGGGAAGAGUGGGUUGGAGAGGGUAGGGAGUGUGGAGGCGAGGGAGAGGCGAGUGAGGGAGAACGAGCAGGUGGACACGCUAUUCUCACUCUUCUUUGCUCCGUCCCAGGCUAUGUGGGAGAUGUUCCCAGCUCUUGACAUGAACGAGCAGGUGGACACGCUGUUCUCGCUCUUCUUCGCCCCGUCCCAGGCCAUGUGGGAAAUGUUCCCCGCUCUUGACAUGGUGGCAGUUCGGCUGGAUGCAGCAGCAACACAGGCUCGCACCGCCCCAGAUGCCCUCGUGCUUCUUGAUCAGCCGCACCUGUCGCCUUCCCCGGGCCUGUCAGGCUCGGCAGGGGUCCGGCGGGGCCCCAAGGCUCGGGCGGUGAUGGCGCUGCAGCAGGUGGUGGCAGAUUGUGAGGCAGGCACGGCACAGUUUGUCAGUGGCAAGCUCCACAAUCUCAUCCGAGCCUUGGAAGACCCCGAACCAGCAGCAGACCCCCUCAUCCCCGCACCUGCCACGGCCGCUGGCCAAUCAGGAUCCGCCACGUGUCCUCCUCCCGGCAGCGGGCUUGGCUUUGGCAUUGGGCUGGACGUGAUCUCGCCAGAGCAGCUUGCUACAGAUGACGCUACAGCCGAUGCUGCUGCAGCCACAGCAGACGCUACAGCUGCCACUACAGCCGCUGGGGGUGGUGGUGGUGGUGGUGCUACUGCUGCUGCUGCUGCUCCUGACGCCGCUGUGGGACCUUCCUUGUCCUCGUCCUCCUCCUUCUCUCUCUGGCGAAUGUUGCAUGGGGGAGGGGGAGGAGCAACGGGAGGAGGAGCAGCAGGAGGGGGGCCAGCAAGUGUGCCUGCAGUAUCUGCCCGAGCCGAUUCCCAAGGCUCGGUGGCUGCUGCAGCUGCGGUGGCGGGCUUAGCAGCAACAGGUUCGGGAGGAGUGUGGGUGGCAGCAGGAUCUCCUGUGCACACCCCUCCUCUCUCCCCCCGCUGGACCCGCUCCUCCUCUAGCCUUGGCCUCUCCGCUGCUGCUGCUGCUGCUGGUGCAUCGGUGGCAGCAGCAAGGGAAGGUGCCGGUGCUGCUGGUGCAUUGGAAGCAGCAGCGGUGGCAGCAGCAGUUGAAGAGCUCUCUGAAGGAGGUUCAACCAUAUCUACCUCCCUCCCUCUUCCCUCCACUGCCGCUACCACUACCACUGCAUCCUCUGCUGCUGCUGCUCCGUCUCCCCUUUCAGUACCAUCACGCUCCUCUAUAGGUGCCAGGACGUCUGCCCCGCUCCCUCCUGUGCCGCGAUCCUCCAUGCCCAGUCUCUGGCCCUUCUCUUUCAACUCAGCAAACGCCAAACAGCCUGCUGCAGCAGAGGGACAGAAUGUAAUUGGUGAUAUUGUCGACGACAGUGACCCCAGCCACCCCUUUAACUACUUCUCUUUACUAAACAUCGACCCGGUUGAACUUUUAAGAGAGCUUGUGUUUGUGAGAGGGGAUAUUGCUGCUGCGUUGCAUGUGGCUGGGAUCAUGGAACAGCAGAUAGUGCAAAUGCACAGACGCAAGGAGAGAGAGCGUGAUCUGGAAGCAAUAGGUGCAUUUUCCGGUGGUGGCGCUCCUGCUGCUACCAGCGGUGUUGGUGGUGCUGCUGCUGCCACAGGUGGUUAUGUGGCUGGUGUUGGUGGUGUGGGUAGGACUAGGCCUGCUGGUGUGUUGGGAGGUGAUAGGAGCAGGGGCAAGGGAGGGGGAGUGGGUGGAGGGGGGAGUGCAGUGGAGGCAGAGGAAGAGGCUGCGAAGAAACUGAUGGAAUAUGCCCGCGUGCACUCUGCAGGCCUAAGGCUGCUUCUCUUCGCCUGUCUCUUACCCCCCUCACUUGGACACCCCCCGCUUCCUCCCCUCAGCACACCAAUCAUCCACCGGUGGGUCACUCUGCAAUCUGCCAUUCACUCUAUCGCCAUUGCUGCUGCUAAAGCACCCUCUCGCCCUCCGAAGCAGCUAGCAGCAGCAGCUGCAGCACCACCACUAGGAGGAGCCGCAGCAGGUGGGGAGGGCACAGUGGGGGGAGGAGUCAGAGGCGGGCCACUGGGUGCAGGGGGUGCAGGGAUGGUGGGGGUUGCACGGCCAAGGGGAUCAGGAGAGGGAGGAAUGCCAAUAGGGCAACAGGAGGCAUUGAGAGAACAGCCCUUGAGUCGGGGCAGCUCUAGCCUUGGAGGGACCUUGGCUGUGAAUUCGCCUGGUAGCAGUAGCAGGAAGGGCGGUAGGGCGUUUGCAGGGUCAGCACUCCUGCUAGCAGGGCAAGAAGGAACACCAAGGAGAGUGAGAGGGGCGAGAUUACCUGGAGCAGGAGGGGUAGCUGAGAGUUCCAGCGGGCUGGUGGUGGGUAAAGGACAGGUGGGUGAAGGAGGAGGAAGAGGCACAAAGCGGCCUCUUGUUGCUGAAAGUGAUGCGGUUGAGGUGGGAAGUGGGGACGAGAGGGCUUCUCUGUCUAUGGGAGAACCAGGGGUUUCACUGUCUGUGGGAGAAACAGGGCAUGCGAGUGCUGGUGUUGCUGAGAGCGACGUUGGCGACAGACCGAGUGACCAGGGGGGCUGCCUGAUUGCUGACUCACGAUUGGCCGAGGCCCUUGAGCUGGCAGACACGUGGCUGCCUGAGGGGGCGCCAGAUCACCUGCUGUGUCUGCUCGUGGAGCAGGCUGAACGCCCUGAUGGUGCUACUGCUGCUCACGUGCACACGGCAGGGGUAGCAGGAGCAGCAGGAGGAGACGUGAUGCGGUUUCAGAAAGCGCCUGUUACGCAGGCAAGCAGGCUGCAGCAGAGCCCACGGAGUGGAGGAGUUGGGUUUGCAGUUUCUGCUGCUGCUGCUGCUGCUGGUGGGGGGAGCGAGGCAGGGGGUCGCACUGGCAGUGCUGGCAAGACCGCGAGGAAGCCGGUGACAGCGGGUGACAGCUGGCGGUUCGUGAUUCGCGUGGCAGACAAGGAGCUUGCAGCGGCCCUGGCUCUCAGGUACCACCACAGCUGGCAGCUGUCACACAUCCUCACCGUAUUCAACACCUGCCUCUCACACCUCCCUGCACACUCGCCCCUGCGCUCUCAGCUCCUCACCUGCAAGUCAUCUGUGGACCAGUAUACUCGCAUCCGCUCCAUUCUCAACGACAGAACCCUUGCCACGUGGCAGCAGGUUCGCUCGCUCUGCUUUCAUGAUCCCGAGUCCGUGUGUCGCCAGCUGGCCGCCAAGGGAGCGGUCAAAGAGGCUACACCUCACUCUCCCUCACCUCACCUUGCUAUCAGUCAUGCGGUGGGCUCCGUCCCUGCACGGCUCGCCAAGAAGCUCAUCGUACUAUCGAAGCGCCUAACAAACACAUCUUCCAACCAACCCACUCCUUCCCCCAUCGCCUUCUUGAAGGUGAAUUUCGUCCUCAAGCAGGCGGCAGAGGCGGAUUUGCGGCCUGCUUUUACACACACACCUUCCUACCCACCCCUCCUUUUCACACCCCUCCUCCUACCCACCCCUCCUUUCCACACCCCUCCCCACGCUUCUCAACAGGUGAAUUUUGUCCUUAAGCGCGCGGCAGAGGCCGACCUGCCUCCUGCUGACGUGGCAGACGCCAGGCAGCUACAGCUAGGCCUGCAGCUUCUGGGAACCUUCCCAACGGAGUGGCAGCAGCGGCUGGGAGGGCAGCAUGUGGCUGUGCUGCUGCAGCCGGAGCUUAUAGUGGAGAGCCUUAUACUGGAGAAACACACCUCCCUGCUGCCACAGAUCUUUGCCAAGUUCCCUGCCCUACGCAACGACACUCUUCUCCUCUCCUACGCACGUAAAGCCCUCCUCCCGUCCCCCCUCCCCCCCUCCUCCUCCUCCUCUUCCUCCUCCGCCUUUGCCUCCUCUCCCUCCACCACCCGCCCAUCUGCCACCUCCCCUCCUCCUCCCCCUCCUCCUCCUCUCCCCCACCAACACUCCCUCCGCUCCUCCUCCUCCUCCAUCCCCCGUCCGCCCUCCGUCCCCCCUGCACCCAUCACCAGCAGCUUUCUCCGCAUUCAACAGCAAGCUUCUCGCGUCUUCCCCUGGGGUGCUUCUGCCUCCUCUUCCUCCUCUGCUGCUGCUGCUGCUUCCAAUACUUCCCCGUUUGCCAGCCCUGUGCCAUCGCCACGCGGUGCUUCGGGGUUUGGAGGGGUAGGAGGAGGGAGAGGAGGAGGAGCAGCAGGAGCAGCAGGAGCGGGGAAAGGGAGUGGGGGGGCACUGGGGGUGGAUCGCCCGCCGACGCUUGCAGAGGCAGCAAAGUCACGGCUUUCAUCCUCCAUUUCUCUGGAUUCUCCUGCCCGUACCAACACUUCUCACCCUGCUAUCUCUGCUGCUGCUGCUGGUCGCAGUGGUGCCGCUGCCUCUGGUGGUGCUGCUGGUGCUACUGGUGCUGGUGGUGUUUCUGGUGCUGGUGCAACCCGUUUCGGCACGCUAGGCAGGACAAUCAGCAGCGGCACUGCCAGCCUGCAAACCAGCCCACGUCCAGGUUCACUGAACCACCCACACGGCACAGGUACCGCUACAGCUGCUACAGCUGGUAGAGCAGCCGGCGCCCAUUCGGAAGUUUCUGGGCGGCUUCUGAAAUCCGCUGCUACAAUCAGCUCCAUGUCUCUUCCUGAGCUGAUUGGCCGGCCUGUGGGUUACCUGCCAGGUGGCCGCACGGGAUUGGACGAGGUGUGCGAGGGGGGAAGCGGAGGAGGGGAGGGCGAGGAGGGAGAGGAGGAGGCAAUGGGGAGGCUAGGAGCGCGGGACAUGCAGCACGGAGCGAUCUUGAUAGGGGAAGAGACGCGGGAUGGUGAAACGAGAGAGUACCAUGUGUUUCCAGACACACCAGAUGUUUCUCUGUUCCAAUCGCUUGCUUCGCUGUGUUCGAGAAGAUUCUCGGUGGUGAGAGGGCUGCUGGCGGUGGUGGUGGAACAGGCUGGCGUGGCUCUGGCCAAGGAGAGUGUGCCACGUGGCACCAGCCUGCUGUCGCUGACUCAGUCGGCCUUUUUUUCUAAAGCAUACCUGAAAGUGAGUGUGAUGGACAAGGGGUGUGAGGGAGGGAGAAAGGAAGGGGGGUUUGGGAAGAAGAUGGGGCCCCAUGGAAUGAGGGAUAUGCUCUUGGCAUACCAGACGCAGCUUGCCAAGCCCGGACCUGCCACCCGAACCAAAGGCUCGGCACACGAGCCACCAGCUCAGGUUCGUUUGAGAGGCUCGGCGCAGGUUCGGGCACGAGACCCGGCGCAGGUUCGGACGCAGCUGAAGGCUCUGAAGCAGCUGCUGGUUCGGGCAGAGGCAUGGAUUGCACGGGUGAAGCUUCUGAGAAGGUUCCUGGCGGACAAUGUGGGGGUGGGGAUUGACGAGCUUGGAGGGGGUGACCCUGACUUCCAGCCCGGUUCUCCUGGGUUGUUUGCCUCUCUGUACAUUCACUCAGUGAUGGGAGGAAGAGAGGAGAGGGGUGGGGCAGUAGGAAGGGGAGGAGGAGGAGGGGCAGCGGGGCCAGGAGGGGGAGCAGUGGGAGGGGAUAUGGGCUGGGCCACCCUCUGCCCUUCUCAACCUUUCCUCUCCCCCCACAGGCGACUCUUCCUCUUCCUCAACCCAGCCUCCUCUUCAGCUCCCACCACCGCUUCUGCUGCUUCUGCUACUUCUGCUCCUGCUGCUGCUGCAACAGCAGUUGCUGCAAGCACAUCUGGCAGGCGCGUUUCCUCCUCCUCCACCUCCUCCUCUUCCUCUGCUGCAGCUGCUGCUGCUGCUGCUGCUGCGAGUUCACAGGGAGUUGUGGUGGGAGGGGGAGGUGCAGCGUCAUCAGCAGGAGGGGGGAGAGAGGGGCCAAGGAAUCGUGGCGGGGUGGGGCCAGGCACAGGACAAGCAGGAGGGGCAGUGGGAGCGGUGGGAGGAGUGGGAGGAGUGGGAGGAGGGGAGAGGAUGGCAGUGGUGGCACGUGAAGUUGUGCGGUUUAUCGAGACAUGCAUUCCUGCUGAUGUGGUCGGCACUCAGUUGCUCCUAUCCCAAACAGAGAAGGCAGUGGCAGAUUCUUUCCAGGACUCCCUCACAGCAGA